AUGAAAUAUUUAGCACUUAUAUUAGUGCUGACCCUAUGGUUAGCCGCGACUAACGGUAGGAAACUAGAGGUUUCAGUGCAGGCGAAUAGUGGAGACCGUAUAGUUGGUGGUGUGGAUGCCACGGCUGACCAAGCACCAUUUCAAGUGUCUCUGCAAUAUCAGGGUUGGUUUGGUUGGUCGCACAUAUGCGGUGGUUCACUGGUUGGCACCCAAUCCGUGGUAACUGCCGCCCAUUGUACCGAUGGCGCGACAGCGAGUCAACUGCGUGUAGCGUAUGGGGGUCUGGACCGGACUAACCUGGCUUAUAUCAAUCCAGUGGUUACAAUAUACCAACACUCCCAGUACAACACCCCCACCGAACUUAACUACGACUACACUGUACUUCGACUCCAGGAUAAGAUCCAGACGUCGGCCACCAUUAAGACCAUUGAGUUGAUCGACGCUUCGCCGGCCGUCGGAUCUAAGGCCCAACUGACCGGUUGGGGACAGACUAUUGGCACCGACAGCAACUCAUCGCCCACUAAACUACAGUACGCGGAGUUCACGACAAUUACUCGCGAGGAAUGCCAACGAAGAGCUGAUAAUACCAUCAAAAAUGCGCCGACAGUUACCACACAAAUGAUUUGCGGCGAGAAUAAGUCGGCCUCCGGUUGUUAUGGUGAUUCCGGCGGACCCUUUGUAAUCGGUGGCAAACUGGCGGGCAUUGUCUCGUGGGGAACGCCUAACUGUCCGGCUGACACCACCGUAGGUCCCACCGUAUAUUCUGAUGUUGGUAAUCUAAGGACCUGGCUGCUCGCGACAGCGAGUCAACUGCGUGUAGCGUAUGGGGGUCUGGACCGGACUAACCUGGCUUAUAUCAAUCCAGUGGUUACAAUAUACCAACACUCCCAGUACAACACCCCCACCGAACUUAACUACGACUACACUGUACUUCGACUCCAGGAUAAGAUCCAGACGUCGGCCACCAUUAAGACCAUUGAGUUGAUCGACGCUUCGCCGGCCGUCGGAUCUAAGGCCCAACUGACCGGUUGGGGACAGACUAUUGGCACCGACAGCAACUCAUCGCCCACUAAACUACAGUACGCGGAGUUCACGACAAUUACUCGCGAGGAAUGCCAACGAAGAGCUGAUAAUACCAUCAAAAAUGCGCCGACAGUUACCACACAAAUGAUUUGCGGCGAGAAUAAGUCGGCCUCCGGUUGUUAUGGUGAUUCCGGCGGACCCUUUGUAAUCGGUGGCAAACUGGCGGGCAUUGUCUCGUGGGGAACGCCUAACUGUCCGGCUGACACCACCGUAGGUCCCACCGUAUAUUCUGAUGUUGGUAAUCUAAGGACCUGGCUGCUGUCUAACAUAGUAUAAUAUGCAUUCAUAUUGUAAUCAAAGGCUUUU